AUGCCAAAUGAAAUCAAUAACCUAAUUCAUAUACCUCAAGUAACCGUUCAGUCAGAUUGGAUAGAAGUGGUUUCAGAUGUUCUUCGUGGGAUAGUUGCUUCUGAAUCUUUUUGGGUGUCUUGCUAUCGAAAAGGUUCUACAUCUAUUCAUGGUUCCGUUCAAGUCAAAAGAAACUCUGCAGGCUCUCGUUCAGUGGAACUCACUGGACACGAUGGUGUCAUAGUUGAAAAAAUAACCAAUUAUUCCUUCUAUGCUUCCUGUGAGGAACUCGGAAUUACAAAAGCAAUUAUUAAGGGAUCAAAGGCUACCUUUAAAAAAUUACAUACAUCUGCUAUUAAGUCUAUGGAUAUUUCGCCUGGUGGGGAAUUAUACGUUACUGGUGAUAAUGAUGGAAUACUGAAAGUGGGUGAUACGAAAGAUGGAAGUGUCAGGAGAGAAUUAAGAGGACACUUUGUUGAUAUUACUACCUGUCGUUUCUUUCCAUCUGGUCAAGUGAUAUUAAGUGGUGCAUCAGAUUUCCAAUUGCGCAUUUGGUCAGCGUUGGAUGGAAGUAAUCCGGUUACUUUGAAAGGACAUACUAAGGGAGUUACUGAUUCAGCAAUCAUAGAAAGAGGCAAAAAUGUUCUGUCUUCAGCACGAGAUGGCACUAUUCGAUUAUGGGAAUGUGGUUCCGCUAGUAUCAUACGUACUAUGGGGAAUCAUACUUGUGCUGUCAAUAAGAUCACUCUAGGAUCGUUUCCAGCCGAAUCUAUUAUUGAAAGAAGGUCCGAUAUUGAAUUGGAUUCGCGCGAAGUUGCAACAAAUGAUAAACUUGUAAUAUGCGCGCUAGAAGAUGGUAGCAUUAGUGGAAUCGAUUUAAGGAGCAAGGAAGAAGCCUUCACCGAAAAGUCAUACCGAAGUAUACCUUUGUAUUCUUGUACUUAUUCUUCUAAACAUAACUUCUUCGCGGUCGGAUCAGCUGAAGGAGUUAUUGAAGUAUUUGAUAUUCGGAAUAUAAAGUAUUUAUUUAUUUUAACAGCAACAAUGUCACAUUUAACUAUUUAUAAUGUUACUUAUGAAAGUUCAAUUGUUAGCAACAAUCUGUUCUCCAUUCAAAGAAACGAUUCAGCAAUCCUUGAUUUGGUUUCCAUUGAAGAGACGGGUGAUCUUUUAGUUGGCCAAGGUGAUGGUUCUGCAUUCCAAAUUCAAACUGUUGUUGCAAGCAAUAUUUCUCAAGCGUCACAAGAAUUUAUUGGUUUCGAUAUGGACCCGAUAUAUUCUAUUCGGGUGAUAAAUAAUGGAAGAUUUAUAUAUGCAGCUGGGAGGGAUGGGUGUUUGAGAAAAUUUUGA